AAAGGGGCAGCAUCCACACGCUGAACAAACAAACGCAAAACCCCAAUUCGCAGCCACACAAAUCAAAGAACAAAAUCAAACUCCAAAAUCCAAAAUAAUUGGGAUUAUCCCACGAAAGGCUCAAAACAAUCCACGCAUCGACAAAUCUUUUUCCAAAACUCCAAAAUCUCCAAUGGGUCGCACCCAUUUUUCUUCUCCGAGAAGCACACUGCAACCGGAGAACACUCACAAGUAGAUGUUCAGACUGAAUGUGUACUGCAGCAGUUGCUGCUCUCUGAUUCGCAAUAGCAAAGAUGUAAGGACCUCUUUUCGAUUUCAAUUGAGGCCAAAUCGGAGGCUGAAUCCACGGGUUUUGGCCAAGGCCUUGAAGGAUGAUCAAACUGAUGGCGGCGGCGGCAGAUUUUCCGGCCAGAAAUGGGACCCUGGCUUGGAAAUUGAAGUCCCCUUUGAACAACGCCCGGUGAAUGAAUACUCAUCUCUAAAAGACUCGGUAUUGUAUUCAUGGGGUGAGCUGGGAGCAGGGCCUUUCUUUCUUCGCCUUGGAGGGCUUUGGCUAGGAAGCUUCAUAGUCUUGGGAAUCCCCGUUGCUGCUGCAAGCUUCAAUCCUUCACGGGAACCUCUGCGAUUUGUGCUUGCUGCUGGAAUUGGAACUCUUCUCCUCGUUUCCUUGAUUGUCUUGAGAAUAUAUCUGGGUUGGAGUUAUGUGGGAGAUAGGCUGUUAUCAGCAGUUAUACCUUACGAAGAGAGCGGAUGGUAUGAUGGCCAAAUGUGGGUCAAACCACCCGAGGUUCUGGCUCGUGAUAGAUUGUUAGGAUCUUACAAGGUUAAACCGGUGAUCAACAUGCUCAAACAAACACUAGUUGGAACAGGGAUUGUUCUUGUCUCAGCUGUAUUAUUGUUCAUAUUUGCUACACCAGUAGAGGAUUUUGUUCAGACCAGAUUUUCCUCAAACCAAAACUUAUCAUCCAACGUUAAUCCAGAUUCAGACAUCAACAAAAAAUACAACUUAAGAAAGGAGCAGUUGCUUCAGUUACCGGUUGAGGUCAUGGCCGAUGAUGAGCUUGCAGCGGCAGCGGCCGAAGCAGCCGACGGUAGACCGGUCUACUGUAGAGAUCGGUAUUACCGAGCGUUAGCUGGGGGACAAUACUGCAAAUGGGAGGACUUGAUCAAGUAAAUACAAAGCUGGGGAAGUAAUGUUGAUAAAACAACUUAGUUUCUGUUCCAAGUAAAAUCACAAUCCUGCGAAAGAAUUUUAUCAUUCUACAUAAUUCGCCAAUUAUGUAAGUCUUAUUUUUUGUUAUUUGUUAUAAUGUUCAUAAGUUUUGGUUAUUUAAGUUGAAGGAAAGAGAAGUACUAUUCAAGAAGCGAGCUUCGGUUUACCUUAAGCUGAAUAGAAUGGAUGGUUGAUAUACAAUAUAAAAAAUACCUUUUGACUUUGCCAUCUAUUUAGAAAAAA